CUGGUGGUCAUGCAAGCCUUUAUUCAGUGUUGUGGACUGGAGCAGACAUGACAGCGGUAGGAGAACUGGUGCUGGUCCUUGGGCUACUGGUGAGCGCUCACUGUGAGGUGAGGGCACGAGACCCUGAGGUGGAGGAAGAGGAGGAGCUGGGAGGAAGAGCAGCAGCAAGAGGUGAUGGAGGAGUGGGGGGGUUUGGGAUGGCAGCGUUUCCCCCUCAUCCUGAGAGGCUUGACCCGGGAGUGACUGAGACCCCGCCAGAGGGAGAGAGAGGGAACCUCCCUGCUCGAUCCGGGAACUGGUGUGCGUUUGUGCAGAAGCGUCUGGUAACGAUGGCGGUGGUGUGUGGAACAGAGAAGUACACCAUCAAGUCUCAGAGUCCCUGUCCGAGCGGGAUCCCUGACUGUCAGCUGGUCAUGUACAAGCUGUCCACUCGGCCGGUCUACACACAGAAGCAGAAGAUCCUCACCGCUCUGCAGUGGCGCUGCUGUCCAGGACACGGAGGAGACAACUGUGAGGACACAGUCCAUGAUCCUCAGCUGGAUUCUCAAAGCUCGGCUCUGAUUGGAGGAUCUGGAGCAGAGACAGCAGAGCUCCGUACUCCAGAUGUGCAGGCACAGAUCCAGCAGCAGCAGCAGCAGCAGCAGCAGCAAGGCGACCCGAACCGCGAACAGAACGACUACCAGGUGCCCACGAGCGAGCUGAACGAUGCCAGCUACCCGAGCAACCAGCAUAACGCCACGCACCCUGCACGGGACCCAGGCCACGCCCCAGACCCCCAUCUCACGUCACGCCAAGCCACAAAUACGUACCCCCACCAACACCCCAACCACCACCACCAACAACAACAAUACCACCGGCAGCAGGGACAUCAUCUUCCUGCAGUAGAUGGGGUGGAUGACAGUGCCCUCCCAUACCCAGAAGCCCCUGCAGUCCUCCCCGUUCCUCACAUGAUGGCCCUGGUCAUGUCCCAGCUGCAGCCAAUCCUACAGGGCUUCAACCACUCUCUGGAGCACCUGAGCCGGCAGGUGGGGGACCUGGCCCGCGAUGUGGCCCAGCUGAAGAGCAGCCAGCGGGAGGCGGAGCUGCAGGCGGAGCCCCCGGAAGAACCAGAGCUUGACGAGGCUGUGGUGGAACAUGCCAAACUGGACGACGUGUUUCAGCACAUCAGGGAGGUCCAGGGGCAGAUGGAGAGUCAGCGGACAGACAUGGAGGACAGGCUGCACUCCCUGCAUGCAAUGCUGCACUACAACUUCACCAGUUUCAAGACCGACAUCGACAUGAAGCUGAAACGCCACCAGAAGAUCCUGCAGGUCAGCCUUCAGGCAAUGAACACCACACUGACUGAACUGAAGCUGGACCAGGAUCAGACCACUGAGAUGCAGCUGGAUGACCACCUCUCUUCUCCUUCCCUGCCUCCGCCCUGGCCGCCGCAGCCCUCAGACUCCUCGGCACUCUGGAAAGCCAUUGAACAACUGGACAACAUGGUGGUCAACAACACGGUGAAGGUGACCGGGCUGAUGGAGGACGUGGAGGUGACCUCAGGGGACACCCAGCAGCUGAGGCGGGACUUUAAGAAGCUGGAGAAGCAGAUCAACCAGACUGCCCGCAACUCUCAGGUCCUGUUCAUGGAGACGGGGCUGGAGGUGGAGGAAGCCAAAGUGGGGAUGCAGAGGCGGAUGGAGGAGCUAGCGGGGAACCUGACUCAGCACGCCAAGCAGCUGCAGGAGGUGGAUGUGGACAUGGACUACCUGUACACUGCCUUCUACCAAAACUUCUCAAGUGGAGACUGCGACUGCAAGGGGCUGAAGGCCGCCGUGGCUGGCCUGGAGAGGAGCGUGGCCAACGUGACGAUGCUGGCCAACGAGAACAGGUUAGCCCUGGAUGAGAACAGCGAGGGAGAGGUGGGGCCGUGGGAUGGGGCCAGCGACUGGGAGCCAGCAGUGGAGGCGCUUCAACGUAGCCUCCAGCAGGUGAAAGAGUCUGUAGCCUCAGAGCAGAGCAGGACCAGGGCUCUGGACCACAGGCUGACCCAGCUGAGCAGCUCAGUGACUGUCAGUCUGGCCGAGGUCUAUGGCCUGAAAGAGACUGACAAAAAGCUGAGUGACGAGAUGGUACACCUGUCCGGCUCCUUUAACUCUCUGCUGAAAGACGCCAUCCGACACAGUGAUGUGCUGGAGAGGCUGCUGGGGGAGGAGGUGCUGGAGUUCCUGGAGUGGCCCAACCAUGACCAAGAGGCCUACUCCAUCCAGGUCCUUAAGGAGCAGCUGAGGCAGCUGGAGGAGCAACUGAAAGGACACAACCAGAGCAUCACAUCACUGCUCACCAACAGGCCAGGUGGCAGAGAGGAGGUAGCACCUAAUGACCAGCCUUCCUCUCCCUCUCACCCCGACCCUGAUGAAUGGCUUCCUGGUGGCAUGAGUAGGAGCAACAGUGGCGUGCCGGCCAGGGAGCGACAGCUUCUACUCCAUCCUGAAGGGAGGCAUCUGGAGCACGGAUUAGACGGCAGCGAUCUGUGGAACCUGGAGAAAACGGUGGAGGAGCUGGGGCAGAAGGUGCUCCGGCUGGCCGAGAAGCCCUGCCCCUGCCCCAACACCUCCGCUGAGCGGGAGGUGCUAUCUGGUGGUGUGGACACCAAACUGCAGGCAGAGGUGAUGUGGCUAAAGAGAGGGCUGGAGGAACAUCUGAGGAUGUUCAAGAACGUCUUCAGUAAUGCCGAUGUGCUGGCGGGGUCCGACGCCACACUCGAGCUCGAUAAACUCUGGCAGCUGCUGAAGAACAAAGAUGGGAAAAAAGAGAAGCAGAGAGGAGGAGGAGGAGGAGGAAGAAGAGAGGGAUCAGGAAGAGGAGCAAACCAUCGCAGCAGGAGGGACUCAUCAGGUGUUGCCCCUGUCCCGUCCAGCCUAUCAGAACUCUCUCUGCUGUUCGUGGCUGGAUCUCCUCUGAGCGUCUCAAACAGCAUCCUCAUGUUUGAACCGUCUCUGAACCAGAGGCACUUUUACUCAGACACUGGCACCUUCGUAGCUCCGGUGGACGGGAUCUACCUGUUCAUCCUCACCUUGGACUUGAGGCCGGGUUCUGCCCAUGUGGUCCUGAGGAGGGGAUCGGGCGGACCUCUGGUGUCUCUACACCGACGGGAGGUGACAGAGGCGGGGCCGGCCACAGCUGUGGGCCUCCUGCCGCUGAGGGAAGAGGAGGAGGUGAGGCUGGAACUGAGGGGAGGAGAAUGGGCGGAGUCAGAGGACAAUGUGUUCACUGGGAUGCUGCUCCACCAGACCCCCUGAGGAUGCUGUGGACCAAUCGGCUGACCACUGGAGGAAAGACACUGAUAAGAGACUCUGGGAGUGGCAGAAUCACAGUUUCAGAAUUUGAAUUGAAACACUUUUAAAAUGAGAAUUUAACAUCUGCUGAAUUCCAGCUGGUGGAGGCUUCUAAAAGCACCUUACAGUAUCACAAAUGGAAUCAAACCCUUGACCCUUUAACCACCUGUCAGUUAAAUCUGUGGACAGCAGAUUAGUGCUUUAGCUCUACAAAUGUCUCCAGCUCUAACCUUGAGAGGCAGCCCUCCAACUUGUCAAGCUAGAAGAGGUGUGCAGGAAACUUCAAGAUAAAACUGAGUCUUCGCAGUUUUCUUCUUUCUCUCUGCUUCAACUUCCACCCCAAAUCCAAGCAUGUGCUUCACCGUUUCAGUGCAUGUCUGUGUGUGGGUGGAGCUGGAGUCAGGAUGUGGCUAUCUUACUUUAGCAUGAAACAUGGAAGUAGCUAGCCUAGCUUAUCGAGCAUAUUUUCAACGUAUCCAUCCACCCAGUACUUCAGUGCAGUGUCACUGGCCACAGCACAGGUUGCCAGAUAUGGUCCAAGAACACAGGUUCUAUUUUUCACUUGCUGUACCAGCUCUUUGACAAGAAAUAGUUUCAGAACAUUAAAACCACAAAUUCUGGUUUUACAUUUCUGGUUUUGUUAAAGUGAAACAACUGUGAUACAGUUUAGAUGGCCACAUUUUCUUUUUGUUUUUCUUUUUUUUUUAUCUUUGGAUACAGCCUAUAGUAUAAUGGGCUGGAUGUCUCCCCCCUUUAUGCUAAACUGAGCUAACCAUCCUGACUCCAACACCAAAAACCCUUAACCAUCACAUUACUUACCUUUUGCAGAAUGAAACUCCAAUGUGUUGAUGGCCUGGAAGGGACAGAUCAGCUACCAUGAAAAUAUUAGAACUCCUAAGUGUUCUGCUUCUGCCAUACUCGUCUGACUGAUCACAACACAACCUGCUUUCAACCAUCAUCAGUAUUUCAUUGAUCUGGUUGGCGUCUGCUGACUGUUACACUUAACUCUCGAUUGCAGGUGUGCUAUUGACCCUGUGCAGUCACUUCAACCUUAAGUCUUGACUAAUCAUCAGCUUAAAAACCUGACCACAGAUCAGCUACUGCUGCUUCUAUCUGAGGCUGAGGAGGGUUAAAACGUCUUUACAUCAGUGUGCAUCCGUAAGUGAGCUGAGCUUCAUCUAUUAAAGAGUCAAUGAAAUUAUGAACAAUUUAUGUCAAAUGUUGUUUAACGUGUUUUUAAGGGAAGUUUUACUUUACAUAUUUUACACAAAGAAAAUAAUUGUAUGUAAAGUCACCUAUAUGUGUAAUGUUUGUAAAGUACCAGUAUAAUUAUGUAAAAAACAGAGUGGUAUAUAUUUAUAUAAAGGAACAGCUGAGCCGUGUAUUUGGAACUGAAAAUGGUGUGAGCAAAGUGACGAACGUGUUUUGAUAGAAGUGAAAACACCUUUGUCAGAUGAGAAAAAAAAAAACACUUUGUCUAAACUAUCACCAGCCUGUGAUUAAUAAAAAGCUUUUAUCUACAA